CUUUUCCUCUUUCCCUCUUCCCAUCCCCCCCAUCCCCUCCUCGCCAUGCUCUCCCCGGCCCGUCUCCUCCCUCUCCUCGGGAGUAUUCUCCCUCUUGUCUACGGGCUGCCUACCACCAGCCCGUCCGUAGUGCUCCCUCCCACCGAGGAUCCCUUCUACAGCGCCCCCAAUGGCUUCGAGAGCACCCUCCCCGGCACCAUUCUGCGCCUGCGUCAGGCCCCCGGCAAUCUGACGGCGCUGGUCAGCAACGCCUCGGCGGCGUACAACAUCGUCUACCGCACGACGGACAGCCAAUACCACCCCUCGUGGGCGGUGACGACGGUCUUCAUCCCGACCAACCCCAGCACGGGCAGCGACAACCGCACCGCGCUGCUCUCCUACCAGAUCGCCUACGACUCCAACGACCUCGACGCCAGCCCCAGCUACACCAUGUACAGCUCCCCGCCAACGGACGUCUCCCUGGCCCUCAGCCAAGGCUGGUACGUCAACGUGCCCGACUACGAAGGCCCCCUGGCCUCCUUCACCGCCGGCGUGCAAUCCGGCCACGCGACCCUCGACUCGAUCCGCAGCAUCCUGUACUCCGCCUCCAACCCACGGGUCACCCAAUUCCACGCCCUGGGCCCCGCCACCACCCGCACCGCCCUCUGGGGCUACUCCGGCGGCGCACUGGCCAGCGAAUGGGCCACGGAGCUCCAAAACCAAUACGCCCCGGAACUGACCCUGUCCGGCGCGGCCCUGGGCGGCCUGACGCCCAACAUCACCAACGUGAUGAACACGGUCACCGGGACGCUAUCCGCCGGCCUCGUGCCCGAGGCCAUCCUCGGCAUCGCCAGCCAGUACCCGACGACCUACGACUUCCUGGUCUCGCAGCUGAACCCGACCGGCCCCUACAACCGGACCACCUUCCUGGCGGCGCGCAGCCUGCCGCUGACGGAGGCGGAGCUCUUCUUCGCCGGCCAGAACAUCUACAACUACUUCGUCAACGGCAGCGACACCUUCCAGGACCCGCGCGUGCAGUACGUGCUCAACCGCGACGGCUACAUGGGCUACCACGGCGUGCCCCAGCUGCCCGUGUACGCCUACAAGGCUAUCAACGACGAGGUCAGCCCCAUCCGCGACACGGACGUGCUGCUCGCGCGCUACUGCGGCGUCGGCGCCAACAUCCUCUACGAGCGCAACACGGUCGGCGGGCAUUCCGCGGACCAGAUCAACGGGCACGCGGCUGCGUUGACGUUUGUGGCCGCCGUGCUCGAGGGCCGCUAUGCCAGUCUGUAUAAGACCGAGGGGUGCACUUUCCGCAACGUGACGGUGAAUAUCACCAGCUCGGCGUUGUAGGCUCGCCUUUCAGUGGAUACAAGAUGGGGGUGGUGAUGCGGUGUAUAGUAAAGCACAGGGAGGGUUAUAUAUACUAAUGCUGAAGGUGGUGUGCGAGGGAUGUAAUUAUGAUGGGGUUGGUGGUAUGCUGA